CUCGAACCCAGCCGUUUCGGGCUGACCAACAUCAUCAUUUCCUCCCGUCAUGCUUUGCCCGGUGAUUUCAAAACAGAUUGUCGAUAUGAAGAAUCGAGAAAAUGGACCGUAUGGGCCAAUUGCCCUUUAUUGAAUGCAAAUCCCAUCAUUGAGCAUGUUGAUGGCAGUGUAUCAAUGACACACCCGCUUUCAUUUCAAGAAACCCCCUCCCCCACCCCCCCCCCCAAAGACCGACUGACCAAUGAGUGCAUGUCUGCCUGGAAGCAUGAUAACAAUCAUUCCCAGCCCUGCUCUUUUGCUUUUUCCCUCAACCUUGACUAUAUUGUUAACAAUACCUUGGCGGUGCUACCUGCUGGUGGCUUUGAACAGGAAUUUAUACAUACACCGCCAUAAUUGAUAGUUAACUACGGAGUAGUUACACCCCUGCUGAUUUAGAAUAGACAUGGCUCAGUAAUUGACUUUCCAUUAAUUAUGUAGUAGUUAUAUUAAAUAACUGGAAAUCUUAUAUGCAUAGUAUAGUAUGGACAUA